GCAACCAAUUACCUUCAGGAGUAGGUUCUCCAUUCACCUGUUCUGAAAGGCCCCAGAGUCUACAACACUAAUAGGCAAGCGGCAGCAUGAAGACCAAGGACAGCUGAGUGACCAGGAGACUCUCACAAGACUCGGCUGAUCAUCGCAACCUCCCCAUAUGAGUACUGAAAGAGACAGCUUUUCUCAUCAGGUUGGUGAAAUGGCCUCAAAUCAAAUGGAGCUUGCUGCUCUGGGUCGACCUUUCACCCUCGGAAUGCUCUAUGAUGCUCAAAGAGAUGCACUGAUCACAGGUUUGAAAAUGUGGGAUGAUGAAACUCUGCAAAUGAAGACAACUAAAAGUUUUAAACCCAGCUGUGGUUUUGUCAUUAGUGGAUCUGACUCCAUUGAAUCCAAGUCCUCUCUGCUGGAGGUUGAUGCUUCUCUGAAAGCCAGCGUCCUCGCUGGACAGAUUGAAGUUGGAGGAUCUGCCCAUUACCUGAAAGAUAACAAAGAAUUCAAGAAUCAGAGCAGAGUGACUGGUCAGUACAAAUCUACAUCCCACUUGGAACAGUUGUCAAUGACUGACCUGAUGACCUUAGAACCUCAACAAAGGGAUGUUAUCAUCAAGAGCUCUGCAACACACAUAGUCACAGGCAUCCUUUAUGGGGCGAAUGCUUUCUUUGUGUUUGACAGUGAAAAGUUAGACAGCAGCAGCGUUGAUGAAAUUGGGGGUAGCAUGCAAGCUAUAAUAAGAAAGAUCGCCGUGUGUGGUGUAGGGGGCCACGUUGGCAUCAAGAUGACCAAGGAAGAAAAAGCCCUCAGUGAUACAUUUUCCUGCAAAUUCUUCGGAGACUUCGCCCUUCAAAGCCUGCCAUUAAAAUAUAUGGAUGCAGCGAAGACCUUUGGACAACUUCCACAGUUACUGGGGGAAAAUGGAGAGAAAGCUGUCCCAAUGAAGGUCUGGCUGAUGCCACUGACUACUUUAUGUCCAGAAGCUGCUGAGUUAAAGAGUGAGCUCAGUGAGAGACUGUUGGGGAAGAUACAGCAUACUCUUGAAGAUUUGAGGGAAAUACAAAUGCGACGCAACGAAUCUCAGGAAGACAAAGCGGUAGAUAACGUUCCACAUAUUAAAGAAGAAUUAGACACUUUCCAGAAGUUGUGUCACGUUUAUAGAUCAAACCUCCAGAGGACCAUGGUGAAUAAAGUCCCCUCCAUCCGUGAAGGUAAAGAAGAUGAGAGCUCAUUGGAAAAAACCAUUGACAACAGAAACAAGUCCCCAUUCAGUCAAGACAAACUCAUCAAGUGGCUGAAUCAUAAGGAGAGAGAAAUCAACGUCAUCAGAUCCUGUGUAGAGAUCAUGAAGGGAACAAAGAUCGUCAAAAAUCAGUCCGAGCUCGACAGAGAGGUUCUUGCUGCAGAUGUAGACGAUACUUUGUGCUUUGUUUUCACCUCCACCAAACGGGGUGACACUUACCUUGAUGAGAUGGCCACAUAUGUGAACUCUCAUAGAUUGGGGAGUACCACUGAAGGCGAGUGGUUCUUCUCAGAUAAAGUCUUGACCUCUAUGAGACAAAAAGCAAAAGCUCUCAAAGACUUUAGCAAAACACAGAAGAACAACCGGAUCCGUUUCCUCAUCGCAGUCAUUCCAAAUGAGAAAUACAAAGGAGCAACUAUCUACCAUUACAAGCAGGGCAUUCUGGUCAGUGAAGAUUUCUCAGAACCUCACAUUGAUCCUGAAACGCUCACGGACAGAAGAGUUCUGACUUGGUAUGCCUGUGAUCUCACCCUGGACCCAAACACUCUUAACAAUUACCUUGUUCUGUCUGAUGGAAACAAGAAGGUAACAAGUGGAUCAACAUGGCAUCAAUAUCCGGAUAAUCCAGAGCGGUUUGAUAAAUACACUCAGGUGUUGUGCCGAGAGGGUUUAUCUGGGCGCCAUUACUGGGAGGUUGAGUUGGAUAAUGAUACGGUUUUAAAACGUAUAUAUGUAGCUGUGGCAUACACAACCAUUAACAGAAAAGGAAAGGGUCACAAUAGCGAAUUUGGAAAUGAUAUGCUAUCGUGGGCUUUUGGCCAGGGGGGAACAAGUAUGUUACCCCGACUUCGUGCAUGGCACAAUGGAAAGGUGUGGGAAUCUCGUCUUCCUUCUGGUGGCUGCUCAACACUCGGUGUGUAUCUGGACUGGCCUGCAGGCACUCUGUCCUUCUACAAAGUCUCCUCCAACACAGUGACACACCUCUACACCUUUCACACCACCUUCACUGAGCCUUUGUACCCAGGCUUCUGGGUUCACAAUAACGGCAACUACGCCUACCUGCGUCCUCUUGAAUAGGACCAGUGCUGGUGAUUUGUUAGACCCUCGGUCUGUUAAUAGAGGGAUGGGGUUACAACUAAAGUUUCAAUGGUAAAAUGGCAUAACAUGUUUACUUAAACUUCUUUUAACAAAUUUGUAAAAUAUAUUACUCUU